AGAGCUGCGCCGGGUGCGCGCCGCGCUGGCGCUGUCGCCCGCAGCCGCCUCGGUGCUGAGGCAGUCUCCCUCGCUGCAAGCUCUCCUCUAGUCUCGUCACUCGAGCACGACCGCUACUACUCGAGAUGUCAUCCCAGACAAUAUUAAAAUCCGGCCCCGAAGGAAAGGACACGGUGAUCGUGGCGAGCCGCGAGGCGCUGUCGGCGCCCAGCUCUGUAGUGCUGCCCGAGCCGCAGGCGGCGCCCGGCCUCAUCCUGCCCGACGGCUCCAUCAACUGGGGCUGUCCCUGCCUCGGCGGCAUGGCCACCGGACCUUGCGGGACGCAGUUUCGAGACGCAUUCUCAUGUUUCCAUUACAGCGAGGCGGAUCCGAAGGGCAGCGACUGCUACGAGAAGUUCAGCGUGAUGCAGGACUGCAUGGCGCGGUACCCCGAGCUGUACGGGAAGGACGACGACGACGACCUCGCCGCCGCGCUCGAGUCCUCGGCCAAUGACCCCGCGCCGCCCUCGACCCCCGCGCCCCCCUCGACCCCCCCGCCCCCCGCACACCCCGCGGACGCCCCCCCGGCCGCCGCCGCGUCUUCGUCACACUAACGUGUCAACACCCACAUCAUUUUAUACUGAGAACAACGAAGAAUGGCAGUUGAAUAAUUGUCCACGAUGCUGCCGUACCGACUCGUCACCUUGAGACAUGUUGCACGCUCUAUAUACACGGGACGCUCACCGUGACAACAUUAUGAGGUCCAGAAUUUCUACUCCGUAUCGUCACAGUCGCGGGCCGACUGAAACUGUUUGAUGGUGUGCUCUAGUAGUACCACGCGCCGUUCUAUAUACCCUGUGUCAAUUUCUCUGCUAUGAGUAAUUCAAAUAGGUCAAAUGGUCGAUCAGUUUAUAAUUUAUGUGGGUGAUGUCGAAUUUUUUAAACAAAAUAAUAUAGUUUACAAAUAGAAAUUAAAUUGGUUCGUUUUUAAUAUGAAAGAUGCAUUUCUCAAACGUUACAUUAUUCCAUCUACUCUGAUCUGCCACUAGUUCUCCGUCUCGCCGCGGUGAUGAUGGCA